AUCAAUUAGUCUCUCGAGUUUCUCAAUGAGUCAACAGGCAAAUAAUCAUUGACAAUUGGGCAACCGUCGAGCUACGACCGACCCUUGAGCCUCUACAUACUCCUACAAUACUUCUCUCCCCAUUCUCUGAAUGACUCCACUACAAUCAGGCCAUGCCACCUAGAGCAAAGCAAAAGAAUGGCCCUCCUCCCAAGGCAGAACUCAGAACAAAACCCACCGUUCCAAAUUGGCCACCUUUGAGUCCAGUCAUUCCUGCGGAGCAUCUUUCAAUCGAGACUGUCCUCGAAGGCCAAAUUCUAGUGAUUCGCAACCUUUUUACUUCUACGCUAUGCAAGAACUAUGUUUCCUUCCUGGCCUCAAUACCCAUGACCACGACCCCCGGGAAACCAAAGCGGGGAGAGGCCGUCCGCGUUAACGAUCGGUUCCAGGUGGAUGACCCGGUGUUUGCCAAAACGCUCUGGGAAUACAGUGGGCUCAAAUCACUCGUGGAGACGUUUGACGAUAAAACAACCUUCGAUGGUAAAGUUCUUGGGCUGAAUCCCAACAUUAGAGUGUACAGAUACCGGCCAGGCCAGUUUUUUGAUAAACAUUAUGAUGAGAGCAAUAAAAUACAAUUCGGCAAGGACAAAAUGCCUGCCAAAACCACCUGGACUCUGUUGAUCUACCUCACCACUUGCCAGGGAGGGGAGACCGCCUUCUACCCCGAGGCCACCAAGAAAGGUGUCGCACCACCUGACCCAAUAGUGGUCGGUCUUGAGACUGGCAUGGCUUUACUCCACAAACAUGGCGACGAAUGUUUGUACCAUGAAGGCAAAGAAGUGCUGAGUGGAGAGAAAUGGGUGUUGAGAAGUGAUCUGGUGGUACAGAGAUGACGAAUGUGCAGUGGUGCACACUCUCGGCCUGUCGACGGUGGCUCUGCAACUUUUCGACAGGCGCGAGUACGAGUGAUAGGUACGAAGGUGCUGCUUCACCUGUCAUCUUUUUAGGUGCUCGGCAUCAGUCUCGUGGACGGUGCCUUCUCUAGCUUCGGCCAGCAUAGUAUCGAUGCCCUUGUCCUUUAAUGCUUUCUGGUAUGCCAUUAGCUCCCUAGCAUGGAAAAGAAAAU